AUGCAGUCCGAGAUGGAUGAUAAUAUCCCGAGGUUUACGAUUGUGUGCUUCUCUGCUGUCCUCGUAUUGGCUGCGGCUCGCCCUCAACACGGUCAUGAGCACUCUUUCGGAUUAUCAUCCCAAAGCUUGGUACUUCACCAAAGUGGACACCAGCAGCAAAAACACCAAGAUCAGCACGAACAUCAAGAACAUCACGAAGAUUACUAUGCGUAUCCAAAGUACUCGUACGAGUACUCGAUACAGGAUCCGCAUACCGGAGACCACAAGAGCCAGCAUGAGACCCGCGACGGCGAUGUCGUGAAGGGCUUUUACUCGUUGCACGAGGCGGACGGCACCGUGCGCAUCGUCGAGUACGAAGCUGACAAACACAGCGGUUUCAAUGCGGUGGUGAAACGCACAGGGCACGCAAAACACAUCAUUCCUGAACAAACGCACCAUUGAUUGAUAAAAACCGUUGUUGACUAAUUUGUAUAAAUUAUGUUUACGUUAUGUUUGUAAAUAGUUUUAAAAUUAUAUAAUUGCUAACUAUAAAAACUUUUUUGUAUCUUAUUCAAAU